GUGAUUUUGUGACAAAAACAGACGAAAAUUUUGGUACAAAUUUGGUACUGUGUCAGUGACAUUUGUCAAUAUUUUAAGAGACGUCAAGCGGCAAUCAGCGAAUGUCAAUAAUAGCAAAUUGACGUGACUUUCGUUAUCUUAAUUUUAAUUAUCAAGAAUGCACGUUAUCGCGUUAAUAUAUUAGAUAAAACGGAUUAAAUAAAUUUUCGAUGAUCGCAAGUGAUAUUUUUCGAUUGUUUAAGAUAUCGGUGCGAAUAUCAUUAAAUAAAAUCGUCGUUACGGAGUAACGUCACGGGGACACAAUGAGUGUAUUUGAAGGCUUUUAUGAAAUAGAGGCGUGUCACUUGUCGUGACUUCUGCGAGAGUAGAGGAUCGUGCAUAGAUUCUUGCGGUCCAUACAAUUUUGCUCGAAGAACAGUCAUGCAGUGUUUGACGUGACAUUAACUGAUUAACAUACACUCGGAUGCAUGAAAUAUAUCGGGAUAUACUAUAUGAGAGACCAGAGAAAGAUUCUCCGUAUCUGCCAUAUAUGAGUUCAUCCGAUUAAAAUAAAAAUUCACUUGAAUAUUUGGUAGCAGUUGAUAUAACACGAGAAGUGGAAGCCGUAUUUCUUUGACGACUUGCUCAACUAAGAGAUCGAUGUGUAAAAAUGUAUUAAAAUUAAGUGAUAUACAUUAAAGAGUGAUUAUUUCCUAAGUCAAGGAUUAUAUGUAUAGUUAAAAAAAUAACAAAAAUGGAUAAGAAAAAAGAGUUGGUUUCUUGCCGAGAUGUCUUAUGGCUUUUAGUUCUUUGCGGUUUCGCCAUCAAUUACAUGCUGCGAUUAAACUUGAAUCUUACCAUUGUUGCGAUGGUGAUACCACAUCCGAAACCCGCAGCAAUCGCACAGUGCAAUAUGGAAGUGGAGAACAGUACGUCAAUUGUUGAUGUUUGGAACAACGAGACAUCGCGAGAUGACAACACUUCUUUUUCAUUCCCGACGACACUGUCUUUCGAAAACGAAAGUGUUACGUAUGAAAAUCGAUUUGCCUGGAACGAAUACGAGCAAGGACUGACGUUGGGUGCAUACUACUGGUUGCACUGGACAUCGCAACUGCCUGGUGGUGUCAUAGCCAGGCGAUAUGGUACGAAACUCGUAUUCGGCUUAGCAAAUCUCUUAACAGCUCUCUUAGGGUUUUUAAUACCCUAUGCAACGCAUUUAUACGUCUUGAUAACUCUUCGGGUGGUGCAAGGAUUGAUCGCAGGUGUUAUAUGGCCCUCGAUGCACGUCAUGACGGCAAAGUGGAUUCCGCAAAAUGAGAGGAGCAAAUUCGUUAGCGCUUAUCUUGGUAGUUCUGUGGGAGCCGCGAUUACUUAUCCCCUCUGUGCAGCCGUUAGUAAUUCCUUCGGUUGGGGCGCAUCCUUCCACGUGACAUCUUUGUUAGGCGUAGUUUGGUAUUGCUUCUGGCACUUCUUUGUAUACGAUUCGCCGCAACAGCACCCGCGAAUCUCCGACGAUGAGAAGAAUUACAUUUUCGAUAAUAUCACUGGAUCCGAGGACGAGAAAGAGACCCAGAUACCAUGGAGAUCGAUAAUUCUAUCGGGUCCGAUGUGGAUUACCAUCGUCGCACAUUGGGGCGCAGCUUGGGGUUUCUUCACCCUCAUGACACAGGCACCGACUUACUUCAACUUCAUUCACGGAUGGAAUAUUAACGCCACCGGAGUACUGGCGGGAGCGCCGCAUUUGCUCAGAAUGAUCUUUUCGUAUUUCUUCUCGAUGAUGAGCGAUUGGCUGCUCCGUACGAGACGAAUGAGCUUGACAAACGUAAGGAAAUUAGCCACUUUCGUUUGCACCGGUGUACAAGGGAUCCUUAUCAUUGCUCUCGGAUUCAGCGGGUGUCACCCGUUGCUAGCAGUCGUCUUCAUGAUGGCCGGUACGGCAGUGAAUGGUGCCAUGUCCGCCUCCACUUUGGCGAUCUUUGUUGACCUGAGUCCUAACUUCGCCAGCGUCCUUCUUGGAUUCGCCGGUACGAUUAUCAUAUGGGCCGGAUUCAUCUCACCGGCCAUCGUUGGCGCAUUGACGAAUAAUAACCAAACUGUGGGACAGUGGCGCUUGGUCUUCCUCAUCGCUGCUGCUAAUUCGAUAGUUAGCAGUAUCAUAUACCUGAUGUUUGGUACUUCAAAAGAACAAUCGUGGAAUCAGUAUGCUAAACUAAAUAUGAAGGAACGAAAGAUGCAGGAGCUGGCCCCGAUGGCCGUGAAACGUGACAAUGACGCUGAGAAUGCAGAUGAUACUGAAAAAUCGAAUUUUAUUAGAGAAAGAUAAUAAAGAAAUUUGGUUUUUAAGCAUUUUUAACCCUUUAGUUACUAUGAGUCACUAACAGGUUUCCGUUAGUCAAUUCUUUGAAACGCGCGCCAUUAUAAUUAUGGCGCCUUCCACUAAAUGUCUUUUAAAACAAAAUGUAAAUUACAUUGACUGAUCCUUUUUGUACUACAAUAUUUUGUCAUUUUCUGAUACAAAUGACUUUAAUUGUUUUCAUUUGUUUCAUGAAACGAAUGUUCGACAGCAUUACACGUACAAUAAUUGCUAAGAAUUCGGCAUAGUCCGCAUAGUUCAUUAUACAUAUAAAUUGUCGCGUUCUCAGAAUUUAGUUGCUUUGACCGCUUUGACCUCAUCCAUUAUCAUGGAAUAAAAUCGAUUUCCAAAGCAGAAGAUUGAUCGCCGCUAACGAGCUGUGUUUCAUAUAGCAACGACAGUUAAGUUACGCUGGGGCUUGGCGCGCUUAUGUUUUGCACUUAGCUCUGAUAUGUAUUCGUUUUUUUUUUGUUAAUAAAAUUGGAGUUUCUUUUAAUGGCGUAUUCUUAUUCGUGGGGAAGAGGGAUAAAGUAACCAAACUCUAAGAAUGCAACAAUAUAGUUAAGAAAUAAAAAAAUUUUUUAAAA